GAGUUUGAUUUCCAAAAGAGAAACAACUUUUUAAUAAAUUUACUUCCAAACUCAUUUCUCUCAAAAUGUGAGUUAAAACUUAAAAGUAGAUAAGAAUGCGAAGCUUAAAUAUUUCAAGUACGACCCAGCUUGACUGAGAGGAAACUUGUCAAAAAUGGCGAGAAACAGUUCCAGCAGAACACUUACUUUCACUCUCACCAUUAUCAUCAUCAUCAUCACCAUCAUCUCUUCUUCACAUCAACCACUAGCAUUAAAUCACACUCCACGAUUCUUCGGUAAAUUCGCAUCUUCAACUUCAACCAUCCCCUCCAACUCACAGCCACAAUUUGAUUUCCACUACGAAACCAAAUUCUUCCAACAACAACUCGAUCACUUCAGCUUUUCCAAUCUCCCUACUUUCCCUCAACGCUACCUUAUCAACACCCAAAACUGGGUUAUUGGAUCGGGUCCCAUUUUCCUCUACUGUGGUAAUGAAGGUGACAUUCUUUGGUUUGCUCAAAACACCGGUUUCCUUUGGGAAAUUGCUCCCAAAUUUGGAGCUAUGGUUGUUUUUCCUGAACAUCGAUAUUAUGGUGAAUCUGUUCCUUUUGGAAGUAAAGAAGAAGCUUAUAAGAAUGCUACUACGUUAGGGUAUCUUACUGCUGAACAAGCUCUUGCUGAUUUCGCUAUUCUUGUUACUGAUUUGAAGCAAAAUUUGUCUGCCAUUCAUUGUCCUGUUGUUUUGUUUGGAGGAUCCUAUGGUGGAAUGUUAGCAGCAUGGAUGAGACUCAAGUAUCCUCAUAUUGCUGUUGGGGCACUGGCAUCUUCAGCUCCAAUUCUUCAGUUUGAAGACAUUGUGCCACUGGAAACUUUCUAUGACAUUGUUUCCAAUGAUUUUAAGCGUGAAAGUUCCACUUGCUUUAACUAUAUAAAACAGUCAUGGGAUGAAAUAGAAUCUAAGGGUCAAUCAAGUGAUGGCCUUGAACUUCUGACCAAAACAUUCAAAUUUUGUCAGAAAUUAAAGAGCACUGAAGAACUAACAGAUUGGUUGGAGUCUGCAUAUAGUUAUUUGGCAAUGGUUAACUACCCAUACCCUUCUGAGUUUAUGAUGCCUUUGCCUGGACACCCUAUCAAGGAGGUUUGUAGAAGGAUAGAUGAAAGCCCUGCCGGGAGUAGUAUUCUGGAUCGCAUAUAUGAAGGAGCGAAUGUCUACUACAAUUAUACCGGAGAAGCUAAAUGUUUUGAACUGGAUGAUGAUCCCCAUGGUCUGGAUGGUUGGAACUGGCAGGCAUGUACGGAAAUGGUUAUGCCAAUGUCUUGCAGCAAGGAAUCCAGCAUGUUUCCCCCAUAUGAGUAUAACUAUUCUUCUUUCGAAGAGGAUUGCUUCAAGAAUUUUGGAGUGAAGCCAAGGCCAAAAUGGAUUACUACAGAGUUUGGAGGGCAUAAUAUCCAUAACGCAUUGAAGAAUUUUGGAAGCAAUAUAAUUUUCUCAAAUGGAUUAUUGGAUCCAUGGAGUGGGGGAAGUGUUUUGCAGAAUAUUUCUGAAAGUAUUGUUUCUUUGGUCACUGAAGAAGGUGCACACCACAUAGAUUUACGCGCUUCAACUGAAAAUGACCCUGAUUGGUUGGUAGAGCAAAGGGCCACAGAGAUCAGGCUAAUACAAGGAUGGAUUAGUGACUAUCACCAGACACAUAAAGCUGUUUUUGAUAUGUGAUAUAAACUUUUUUAGUCUGAACAAUUAUUAUGAAGUUAGAAUCUCACUCACCUGUUGUUUCUCUUAUUAACUGUUCCAAGGUGUAUCCCAUUCUAGAUUCUUCUAGUUAAUCUGGUUUCUUCAAUGUUCGGUGCAAUGUUUGCAGGGGAUGUAACAAGUAACAAAUGUUGAUGUUUGGUGUAUAUAUAAUUUCCUGGCAUUUUAAUUUAAUAUAUUUUUUUAACUUUGA